AUGAGAAAGAAGGAGCGGAAGCGAAAGUUGGCCAAUGUGAACAGUUCGCCUUUCAAAGCAAUAAAUUUUAGAGAGUCAUGCAUCAAGAAAGAUGCCCAACCACUCAUGCCUGGCACUAUCCUUUCAACAGCGGCAAAAUUCAGGAAUGUCAAGCUUAUUGAUUGGAAUUCUGUUGUUCAAUGGAUUCUAGCACUUCCAUCUGGAGAUGUUGCUUGGCAGAAAUGGAAUAUGACAUAA